GUCCCUUCUUUCCACCCCUCUGCAUAACUUUGUAGGACGUAAACCUGGUCAAUGAAGGGCCCACCAGACUCUGAAAGAUACGAAGAGAAGCCGGGCAGUGUGACAGCGAUCAGAAGCUCACUUACGGACAGGCAUCAGCCACCAGCAGCCGACUGUUACUACUGUACACCACCCUAUUCCCAAAGGGACUGUAGGAGGCUCACAAAGGCAGAGACAGGGCAGAGCACAUGCCGUGAGGGUACCCGGCCGACAGCGUGCAACAGCAGCCAGCGGGGGGUGGCGUGGAGCUGGUCCCCGAUUCCCCGGCCCCACCCCUGCCUGUCUGCAGCAGGCCUCAUCCUCACAGGGGCCCGUGUGAGCCCAUCUGGCCCUCACGCCCUGGUCCAGGCUGUUCCCCGCCAGAACCACUCCCCUUGGGAGCUCACCCAUCCGGCCCUCUGUGAGGCCACUGUCCCCUACCCCCUUGGUUUCCCACAGUGCUCCUCACCACCUCGGCCACCAUCUACUGCACUGGUGUCCUGCCUCCCCCGCGGACAGAAGCUCAGACCUUCCCAAGCACUCAGAUGCCCAAGGCCCAGACCUGUCCGCUUCCCUGUCAGGAAACCCACUGGUCCCAAAGGGAGGACUCACAAGCAAAUUUUAAAGUCAACUCAGGAACGAAUGCACUCUAGGAACGCUUUUUACAAGCAGCAGACUUUCUGACUUGGUAUCAACAAGGAUGUCAGAGGUUACUCCCUGUUGUUGCAUGCCCCUAGCACUCGCAAGACUGACCCUGACACAGAAAACAUUUCAGAGUGACAAGAUCUAGGGUGCAACGAGAACCACAUCCUUGAAAAAUGACGACACGGGAGGCACACUCCUUGGCAGGGAGCAAAGGUCUCUAAGCCCCAAGAGUGGCUGUCGAGUAAGAACUCAACAGGUGCUAGAAAGCAGGAGCCUGACUCAAAACUAACUCAUUUGUCUUCAAGGCCUCUCAAGUGCAGCAGCAAAGCAUCACUUACUUUUAAAUGUAUCGCUUCCAAACAACACAACACAAAAAGCUCUAAAUACCUUCAUUCUAAGAAGAGUUUUAAUUCUUCUCUUAAAAUCAAAUGAAAAGAUUAGGCAACACAAAGUUAAACAAGACAGACCUUUAUCCCUGGUGCUGCACUGAGACACCACAAAGUGUACUCCGCACGCAGUGCAUCUUCCUUAACGUAAAACAGCCUUUCGCACAGGGAGUCGAGUCCUGUCAGUACAAGACCCAGGGGUGGCCGCUUCUUAGGUUGUAAGGGCGGUUCUAACUGAGGGGGCACAAAGCUCAUCCACUUCAGGUCCAUUUCCCGAGAAACAUUUUGGGAAGCUCACUGCAGCGUGGGAAAGGGACUGUGCUCCUGAGCGGAGCAGGUGCUGCCACAGGCCUCAGGCAGCAGCGCUGGGUGCUGGCGGAUGCUGCUGAGGCUGGACGCAAUCAUAAGCCCAACCUGAUGUCUACCUUAGAAAUGACUGCCUGGCCCUAGUGAAGCAACCACGGCCUCCCAGCGUGCCACUCGGCCUCACCUGCGAUGAACUGCUCAUACUCGAUGACGGGGAUGUUUUUAUUGAGACUCGGAAGAUCAAAAAACUCAGACCAGGGAAUCCGGACCUGGUGGAUGUCAGGACUCUGCCAGUGAUAGAGGCGGCCCCACGGAGGCAGGACAAGCACCCACUCCUCCGUCUUCAGCAGAGUCUUCAGGAGAGAGGCGAUUCGAAUAUAGACAUCCCUGCGCAGGUUGAAGCCUUCCGGGGGGUUGACGUCAUACAGAAGAUACCUGAGCAGGGAGAAGGAGGACCACAGGUCUGGAAUGCUGAGGUUUCCGCACGGAAAACCCGACUGCUCAGAAGUCUCAACGCGUGGCCCGACUCCAGGCACUUACGAUGGUUCCUAGUUUGCGAAGGCAGUGAGUGGCCUACCUGUUUCUCUAUGACCAGCUACUUACGGAGCCUGUAAGCAGAAGCAGCAGACAUGCUAACAUCCUUUUAACAAUUAGCAAUAGUUCAACACUAAGGCCAGAGGAAUCCCAGUGACUGGAACCGAAGAAUCAGUACCCACAUGGUUCUCAAACUGUUUGGUCUAAAGACCCCUUUACACUGGAAACAAUGAUUGACGGCUGGUUACGUGCACUAUGGCUAUUGAUAGGUCCUAUGUUAGACGUUAAAGCUACAAGUAUUUAAUUCAGCUAAAAAUAAUAAGCCAUUACAUGUUAACAAAAAUCACAUAUUUAAAUAAAAAAUAAGUGUAUUUU